AUGGAAACCCAGGAGCAGCUGGUAAGAUCUCGGGUUUUGAAGGUGGACUCCGAGGAAUCAUGGGACCUCUUCACCGCUCAAGCCAAAUCCCAAGGCUGCCCGGUGAGUUUCUCUGACCUCUUCGUCCCCCUCCCCCUUCAUCUUUUUGUAGGGAGGGAGAGGGGGUGUGUGUGUGUGUGAGAGAGAGAGAGAGAGACGAAUGAGCUUGUUUCUUCCCGGCGUGCCUCUGAUUUCCGCCUUUCAAACUUCUCCCAGGUGUUCGUCCACUUCACGGCUUCAUGGUGCGUCCCGUCGGUCGCCAUGAAUCCUUCCUUCGAAGCGCUGGCGCAGAGCUACCAGGACGUCCUCUUCCUCCUGGUGGACGUGGACGUCGUCAAGGUAUGAGAUCAAUUAAACAAAUCAGACUACUUCCAUCACAUUUCCCCUUCAUCGCUGGGAGUCAGCAGACGAUCGUUCUGCGCAGGCCGUGGCGGAGAGGAUGGGGGUGAAGGCCAUGCCCACCUUCCUGCUCAUAAGCGAGGGCAGCGUUGUGGAUAAGAUAGUGGGGGCCAAUCCCGACGAGAUAAGGAAGAGGAUGGACGGGUUCAUCCAGUCCUUCCACGGCCAUUCAGAGGUGGAGAGCAUUUAG